UUUCCCGGUUAUUGGCUACCAUUCCAGCACCUUGUUGGUCUCCCGUCCCUGCUCUUCCAUCUCGUCCGCAGUCGUCCUGUCUCCACGCCUCCGCCGAUUGGUGAUUUCCUUCUUCUGAGAGCUCGUGCGCUCCAAUUUGAGCUCGAGAUAUGAUUCCUUUCUAGUUUUUAUUGUGCUCGAAUCCUGCAGUGAUGGCUUCGAUCCUUGCUAUCUUGAUACUUGUGGCGUCGCCGUUCGUAGAGGCUGCGGUUGGGGAAUCCGUUAGAGAUGUUUUGAGAAACUGCAGCUUCGAUCGCGUUGCGUAUCUAAGAUUGCAGGAUUCGUAUAGGUUUUUUCGAAACGGGGAGCGGAUUGAUGAUCGGGUUUUGAUGUGCGAGAUGUUGGCCUUUUUUUUUGCUAGUGGUUGUUGGGAGUUUGAUUCUCGGGCAGAGGAAUGGCAUGAUAUUGGUAGAAAGUACUGCUAUGGGAAGUUUGCUACUGGCUUGGACAGUGAUGCUGUUUCUGGGGAAGGAUUUCGUAUGGCAGGGAGAAAACUUCUAGUGCUGCCUCAGGCAGAUUCCUCUCACUUGGAUCAACUAAGCAGAAAGCAACUGUCAAAAGAAGAAGUCAAAGAAGUUAGGUUAAAAAUACCACCCAAAGGCAUGGUUCUGGCUGUACCAGGAAUGUUUCUUUUAUGUUGUGUUGUAAUCUGUCCCUGCUUUCGUGCAAGGAGGAAAGAACCAAUAGAUCAAAAAGCUUUUUCCAAAGAAAUAAUUUCAUCGGAUUCAGUUUCUUCUUUAGAUGUAUCCACUUCAUCUGACAAAAAUUUGACUACUCCACAUAAAGUACCACAAAGUCCUUCUCGUUUUUCAUUAUCUCCACAGCAAAAUAGAAUUGGAUCAUUGCAACUUACUAUUAGUCAGAUCAUCAAGGCCACUCAAAACUUUUCACCUUCAAUGAAGCUGGGUGAAGGUGGAUUUGGAACUGUAUACAAGGGUAUUCUUGGUGAUGGUCAGGUUGUGGCUGUAAAACGAGCAAAGAAGGAACAUUUUGGGACACUUAGAGAUGAGUUUAGCAGCGAAGUAGAACUUCUUGCCAAAAUUGAACACCGGAGUUUAGUCAGGUUACUUGGUUACACCGAAAAAGGAAAUGAACGCAUUAUUAUUACGGAGUAUGUACCAAAUGGUAUUCUCAGAGAGCAUCUUGAUGGUCUGCACGGGCACAUUCUGGAUUUUAAUCAACGCCUUGAAAUAGCAAUAGAUGUUGCACAUGCCUUGACAUAUCUCCACCUAUAUGCAGAAAAGCCCAUAAUCCACAGAGAUGUGAAAGCAUCAAACAUUCUUCUAACUGAAAAUUUUAGAGCUAAGGUGUCUGACUUCGGGUUCGCAAGAACCGGGCCAACAGAAGCAGGACAGACUCACAUAUCAACUAAAAUAAAGGGAACAGCCGGUUACCUCGACCCCGAAUAUCUUCGAACUUAUCAACUCACUCCCAAGAGUGAUGUAUUUUCAUUCGGCAUACUGCUAAUUGAAAUUUUAUCCGCUCGUCGUCCGGUUGAAAUGAAGAGAAGCGUGGAUGAGAGGAUUACCAUCCGAUGGGCUUUCAAUAAAUUCAAUGAGGGAAAUAUCAGAAAGGUAGUUGAUCCAAUGUUGCAGGAAGAAGUAAACAUUGAAGUAGUCACAAAAAUGCUUAGUUUGGCGUUCCAUUGUGCCGCUCCGACUCGUCUUAAGCGGCCAUUGAUGAAAGAAGUAGUAGAGCAGCUGUGGGAGAUUAGAAAAGACUUUGGCAAGAGUAUUAGAAUUGAGCAUUAAACUUAACCUGUAAAAAAAAA